AGCCAGAGGAAGAUCAAGCAGCUCAGAUCGUCUUUCCAAGAUCAGGAUGGCAGACGAUUGGGGAAAACAAGCGAUUGCUCCCUGGAAGAACAAUGAAGAAACUACAAGGGGCUCUACUUUCCGAUUCACAAACAGCAAUCAUACAAAAGAUCCUUUUGAGGGACCAGAUUACCACAUCGCUCCUCGAUGGGUUCACAAUAUAACAACAAUCUGGAUGUGUUUUGUGGUUGUCUUAUCAGUCUUCACAAAUGGUCUGGUCUUGAUAGCCACAGCAAAGUUCAAGAAACUCCGUCAUCCCCUGAACUGGAUCUUAGUCAACCUUGCCAUUGCAGAUCUUGGAGAGACGGUUUUUGCCAGCACCAUCAGCGUGUACAACCAGUUUUUUGGAUAUUUUAUUUUGGGACAUCCAAUGUGCAUCUUUGAAGGCUACAUUGUCUCGACUUGUGGUAUUGCUGCUCUUUGGUCCCUGACUAUCAUCUCUUGGGAGAGAUGGAUUGUUGUAUGCAAACCUUUUGGAAAUACCAAGUUUGAUGCCAAAUGGGCCACAGCUGGGAUCAUGUUCUCCUGGGUCUGGUCGGCAGUGUGGUGUGCUCCUCCCAUCUUUGGAUGGAGCAGGUACUGGCCUCAUGGACUGAAAACUUCCUGUGGACCCGAUGUGUUCAGUGGAAGUGAGGACCCCGGUGUCAAGUCCUACAUGAUUGUCCUCAUGAUUACAUGCUGCAUCAUUCCUCUGGCUGUCAUCAUCUUGUGCUAUCUGGCAGUGUGGUUGGCCAUUUAUGACAUUGCUAUGCAGCAGAAGGAAUGCGAGUCAACCCAGAACGCCCAGAAGGAAGUAUCUAGGAUGGUUGUUGUCAUGAUCUUGGCUUAUUGUAUAUGUUGGGGACCUUACGCCUCUUUUGCUUGCUAUGCUGCAGCCAACCCUGGAUAUACCUUCCACCCUUUAGCCGCUGCCAUGCCUGCAUACUUUGCCAAGAGUGCCACCAUCUACAACCCAGUCAUCUAUGUUUUCAUGAACCGACAGUUCCGCACAUGCAUCAUGCGGCUCUUUGGGAAAGAGGUGGAUGACGGCUCAGAAGUGUCCACAUCAAAGACAGAGGUCUCCUCUGUGGCUCCUGCAUAAACCUUCAUAUCCUCCAUUAUUUUUUUGUGUUGUUGUAAUUUAACCUGUAUGUAAAAUUAAGUUAUUUUAAAAACUUAAAAGUGAAGGUUUUGUGUGUCAAUGCAUAAAAUAAAUUUCAAUUAUUUUAAGAACUCAUGGAUGUGUCAAUGAAGUAAUUUUGGUAAGUCAACUAUUUACCAAUACUCUCUGUUGUCUGUAUUUGUGACUAGCAGAUCUUAAUGUGGUUCACUGCAGUCCUAAAGCCUUAGAAAUGGUUUUGUAACUAUUUUGAUGAAUGACUUUACCUUAUAUACCUAGCCAGACAGUUUCUAUCUGAGUGAUUUAUUUAAAACAUUGGUAUUAAAGUAAGGUUGCAAUUCAUGACUGUGUCAAGAGUGUGUUUGAAUUUCAAGAUGGUCUUAUUUGCCCGACAUCCAAUUUCAUUCAAUGAGCUGAAACAUUCAAAUGUGGCAAAACAUCAACACAGAAGAAAUCUGUAAGGUAGAAAAAUAAUAGCACAAAAUAUCUCAUGUAUUUGGCACCAAACUACCCCCUACUCAAACAAAACAGCAUCAGGCAAUAAUCAAGCCUUACAAAAGAUCAGACGGACGAUGAAUGAAAAAGAAUGAGUGCUGGU